AACACAAAGAUUUAAUGUUAUUAUUAUAAAAUAUUUAUUAGGACGCUGAACCAAAAUGUUCCUGAGCCAGCUGUUGAGGAUAAGGACACUCCAGGCACAAAUGAGCGAAACAUUGAGAAUAUUCUCAAAGAACUGGAGAAGGCAAUUGAAUAUGGAGAUGAAAGUCCUGCAUCGUAUGUAAGUGUGUGCAGAUCUCGGAUCUGGAUGGGUGCAAGACUGGCUCUUAGCCGGAAGUCAUUUCAACCUCAUUGGCGCAUCGAUGUCAAGUUCAUGGACGAUGUUGGAAAAGCUGAAGGAGCAGUUGAUUCAGGGGGACCAAAGCGGGAGUUCUUCACCCUUGUUUUGGAUUAUUUGCAUGGUAGUGAGCUGUUUGUAGGACCAGAAAACAGCAAAUUCAUAUCUUACUGCAGUUCAGCUAUGGAAAGAGAUGACUACUUCUACGCCGCAAUGACCAUUGCAAUGUCUCUAGUCCAUGGAGGACCUGCUCCCCGGUUCUUCUCCAGAACUCUAUUCCAUGCACUCACAGAGUCACCAGAGAUGACAACGGUGACCAUUGACGAAGUUCCAGAUUUGAAAUUGAGAGAAGAUCUACAGAAGGUUUGUUCUGGUGAAGUUCCUGAGAACCUUGAAGACACCAUUGACUUGGCAGGGUCACGACGCAACUUGGCAACACCUGAAAAUGCACAAAAAAUGGCUCUGGACACUGCACACUGGUACAUCUUUGGCAGAACACGGUCUGCAUUUGAGAGGUUCAAAGAUGGCUUAAAGACCCUGGGUGUUUAUUCUGCCAUGAUGGAAAACAAGGAGUUCUUCUUGAAGAUCAUGUGUCAUCACGACAACCGAAUAACAGCCGAAAACAUCAAAAAUGCAUUCAGACCUGUGCUACACACCCCUGGGUCCAACAAGCGUUCCACUGAGAACUUGAUACUCUGUCUGUGGGAAAACUUCAUCUUGGAAGCAGAGGAUGAAGAUUCAGAUGUCUCGUUGGAGAUGAUCCUGUUUUUCUCCACUGGCUUGAAAUCCUUUCCUCCACUUGACCUAAGGCCCAGUCCAACUCUGUGCUUUCUACAUGAUCCUGAGGAAUGUGGGGAGUUUUCCAAAUACCCAAAAGCUAACACAUGCACAAACCGGCUGUAUCUCCCCAUAGUCCACACAACAUACCAAGAAUUCAAAAGCCACAUGGUUUUUGGGAUUGGUGCAAGUGAAGGGUUUGGACUAUCAUAGUUAUUAAAUGAUUGUUCCUUUGUUCAAGGUUGGCUAAUAGAAUUAUUUUGAAAUGUUUUAUUCAUAUUAGCCUUUGCAUUUUAGGUGCCAAUUUCUCCCACAGAAAACAGUUUUAUUGGUUAGAGUACAGAUUUUACCAAAUGUGCUCCAUUGUUCUCAUUCUGAUUCUAUUGAGUCUAUUGUUUUGAAUAUUUGUUUGUCCACACAAGUCAGCCUCAGUGAAUGGGGCAAUGACUUUGAGGGAUCUUUACCCGCCUCUGAUUCCACUGCUGACAUUGUCGUGCCAGAGCAUCCAGACUCAUUAAUAUAAAAUGUCAACAGAUUGUUGGACAGAAUAGACCCGUUAACAGCCAGCUCAUGUUUUGGAGCAGAUUUGUACAUGGAAGCACUGCGGCUGGCUGAAUUUUUGAUGGCAACAUUAAAAAAAUCUUUAGCUCACUACUGCAGAGUGUUCUGUAUUUCUUCCACUUAAGUGAUUUUUAUUGAGGCAUGAGUACUUGUAGCACUACAUGAAUGUCGUUCCUAUACCUUUUUGAAUGAACAACCAGCCCUUAUUAAACAAACUGCACCAAAAUGCAAAAAUACUGACUACACAUCUACAACACUGUUAAGACAGUCAUUUUUAUCAGUAAAAUAUGUGACUUUCUUGUGAUAUUGGUGAAUUUCUUUAAUCUACAAAAACUUAUUGAAGAAGUGCUACAGUUUUAUUGAGCUUUAAAUUUGAAUACAUUAGCAGGCGGUGACUUAGGAUACUGACUAAUUAAAGUUCUUUUUCCACUUUUAAAAUUCAGGUCAAACUCCAGCUGUUUGUUGUAGUAAAGUUUGACUUACUGUGUGUGGUAUAAAGUAUAAAUUCAGCCAUACUCUAUUUUUCUUUUGACAAGAUCAUCUGAGGAGAAAACUUCACAUCCCAUAACCUUCAGCAGAGACAACAGUAAGUUUAGUGCAACAAAACUAUUGUUCCCCUAAGGGAAAUGAUUAUCAGACACAUUUUACAUAUAUAGUUUUAAUAAAGAUAACAUCACAAUUUUAAUAAUUACUAACCUGUAAUUCAAUACAAAGGAUUUAAAAUUCAGAGAUGAAAAGUACAUAUUAGUUAGCUCUGGCUUUUUCUCUGAUAUGUGCAAAAAAAACAAACUAUUUAAAAAGAAAACGCCAUCAACAUGUAAUUAAUAGAAUGGAGUUUACGCAGCACCUGAUCAAUGCUAACAGGCUGUCAGCUUUACAAUAUGCUUAAAGUUAAUCUGUAGAACAGUGUGUUCUGUCAAAGAAGCAACUGUGAUUGCUGGUCUCACCGUAUGUCAUACGUUUAAUAAAAGUUAAAACAAAAAAAAAAACCCGCAUCUAAUAAAGUGACUCUCCGAGACAUGCUUAUGGCUAGCCUCUCCGAUGCUAACGCCAGCCUAUCCAUGCUAAUGGUCCGUCGAGGAGGUAGGAAAUCCAGCUAGUGGCCAGCCUAGGCACGCUUAUGGCUAGCCUCUCCGAU